UUUAGCAGAAUGUCUGGCAUGUGAUCAGCUGCUCACAAUGAAGGCCCCUGCUGCGCUUGCACCUGGUGUCCUUGUGCUGCUGUUUACCUUGGUGCAGAGGAGCGAUGGGGAGUGUAAAGAGGCACUAGUGAAGUCUGAGAUGAACGUGAAUAUGCAGUAUCAGCUUCCCAACUUCACUGCAGAAACACCCAUACAGCACAUCGUUCUACACAGGCAUCACAUUUACCUGGGGGCUACUAACUACCUUUACGUUUUAAAUGACAAAGACCUUCAGAAAAUAGCUGAGUAUAAGACUGGACCUGUGCUGGAACACCCAGAUUGUCUUCCAUGUGAGGACUGCAGCAGCAAAGCCAAUUUAUCAGGAAGCAUUUGGAAAGAUAACAUCAACAUGGCUCUGCUUGUUGACACGUACUAUGAUGACCAGCUCAUUAGUUGUGGCAGUGUCAACAGAGGGACCUGCCAGCGACACAUCCUUCCACCCAGUAAUCCUGCUGACAUACAGUCAGGGGUUCAUUGCAUGUUCUCCCCACAGGGGGAGGAAGAGCCCAGCCAGUGUCCUGACUGUGUGGUGAGCGUGAUGGGAGCCAAAGUCCUCCUGUCUGAAAAGGAUCGUUUCAUCAACUUCUUUGUGGGCAAUACCCUAAAUUCUUCUUACCUGCCAAAUCACUCAUUGCAUUCAAUAUCGGUGAGAAGGCUAAAGGAAACACAAGAUGGUUUUAAGUUUUUGACAGACCAGUCUUAUAUUGAUGUUUUACCCGAGUUCCGAGAUUCUUACCCCAUUAAGUAUGUCUAUGCUUUUGAAAGCAGCCAUUUCAUUUACUUUCUGACAGUCCAAAAGGAAACUCUAGAUGCUCAGACUUUUCACACGAGAAUAAUCAGGUUCUGUUCCAUAGACUCUGGACUGCAUUCUUACAUGGAAAUGCCUCUGGAGUGUAUUCUCACGGAAAAGAGAAGAAAGAGAUCCACGAGGCAGGAAGUGUUUAAUAUCCUUCAAGCUGCAUAUGUUGGUAAGCCUGGGGCCCAUCUUGCUAAGCAAAUCAGAGUCAGUGUGAAUGAUGACAUUCUCUACGGGGUGUUUGCACAAAGCAAGCCAGAUUCUGCUGAACCAAUGCAUCGAUCGGCUGUCUGUGCGUUCCCUAUCAAAUAUGUCAAUGAAUUCUUCAACAAGAUCGUCAACAAAAACAAUGUGAAAUGUCUCCAGCAUUUCUAUGGACCAAAUCAUGAGCACUGCUUUAAUAGGACAUUUCUGAGAAAUUCAUCAGGCUGUGAAGUACGCAGUGAUGAGUAUCGAACAGAAUUUACCACGGCUUUGCAGCGUGUUGACUUAUUCUUAGGCCAAUUCAAACAAGUGCUCCUAACAUCUAUAUCUACCUUCAUUAAAGGAGAUCUCACCAUUGCUAAUCUUGGGACGUCAGGGGGUCGUUUCAUGCAGGUUGUGGUUUCUCGAACAGUAUCAUCUACCCCUCAUGUGAAUUUUCCCUUGGAUUCCCAUCCUGUGUCUCCAGAAGUGAUUGUGGAGCACCCAUUAAACCAAAAUGGCUACACUCUGGUUAUCACUGGGAAGAAGAUUACAAAGAUCCCGUUGAAUGGCUUGGGUUGUGGACAUUUCCAGUCCUGUAGUCAAUGUCUCUCUGCCCCACCUUUUGUGCAGUGUGGCUGGUGCCACAAUCAGUGUGUGCAGUCAGAUGAGUGCCUCAGUGGGACAUGGACGCAAGAGAGCUGCCUGCCUGCAAUCUACAAGGUUUUCCCAACUAGUGCACCCAUUGAAGGAGGGACAACGUUGACCAUAUGUGGCUGGGACUUUGGAUUCAGAAAGAAUAAUAAAUUUGAUUUAAAGAAAACCAAAGUUCUCCUUGGAAAUGAGAACUGCACUUUGACCUUAAAUGAGAGCACGAUGAAUACGUUGAAAUGCACAGUUGGUCCUGCCAUGAGUGAACAUUUCAAUAUGUCCAUAAUUAUUUCAAACAGUCGUGGAACAACACAAUACAGUACUUUUUCCUAUGUAGAUCCUAUAAUAACAAGUAUUUCUCCAAGUCAUGGUCCUAAGGCUGGUGGCACUUUACUUACUUUAACUGGAAAGUACCUGGACAGUGGAAAUUCUAGACACAUUUCAAUUGGUGGAAAAACAUGCACUUUAAAAAGUGUAUCAAAUAGUAUUCUCGAAUGUUAUACACCUUCCCAAACCAUUUCAGCUGAGUUUCCUGUUAAGUUGCAAAUUGACUUAGCCAACCGCGAGACUGGCAGCUUCAGUUAUCAGGAUGACCCCAUUGUCUAUGAAAUUCACCCUACCAAAUCUUUUAUUAGUGGUGGGAGCACAAUAACAGGUGUUGGAAAAAACCUGAAUUCAAUCAGCAUCCCAAGGCUGGUAAUAAAUGUGCAUGAAGCAGGAAAGAACUACACGGUGGCAUGCCAGCAUCGCUCUAAUUCAGAGAUAAUCUGCUGUACCACGCCUUCAUUGCAACAGCUGAAUCUGCAACUCCCCCUGAAGACCAAAGCCUUUUUCAUGUUGGAUGGGAUCCUUUCCAAAUACUUUGAUCUCGUUUAUGUACAUAAUCCAGUCUUUAAACAUUUUGAAAAGCCAGUGAUGAUCUCAAUGGGCAAUGAAAAUGUACUGGAAAUUAGGGGAAAUGAUAUUGACCCUGAAGCAGUUAAAGGUGACGUGUUAAAAGUUGGAAAUAAGAGCUGUGAGAAUGUAGAGCCACAUGCUGAAGCUGUUUUAUGUAGGGUCCCCAUUGACCUACUGAAAUUGAACAGUGAGCUAAAUAUAGAGUGGAAGCAAGCAGUCUCUUCAACUGUUCUUGGAAAAGUAAUAGUUCAACCAGAUCAGAAUUUCACAGGACUGAUUGUUGGCAUUGUCUCGAUAUCAAUACUACUUUUAGUAUUACUUGGGCUUUUCCUGUGGCUGAAAAAGAGAAAACAAAUUAAAGAUCUGGGCAGUGACUUAGUUCGCUAUGAUGCAAGAGUACACACUCCUCAUUUGGAUAGGCUUGUAAGUGCCCGGAGUGUAAGUCCAACUACAGAAAUGGUUUCAAAUGAAUCUGUAGACUACCGAGCUACUUUUCCAGAAGACCAGUUUCCUAACUCGUCUCAGAAUGGAUCAUGCAGACAAGUACAGUAUCCUCUGACAGAUCUGUCCCCCAUCCUAAAUAGUGGAGACUCUGAUAUAUCUAGUCCAUUACUGCAAAAUAUGGUCCACAUUGACCUCAGUGCUCUAAAUCCAGAGCUGGUCCAAGCGGUCCAGCAUGUAGUGAUUGGGCCCAGCAGCCUGAUUGUGCAUUUCAAUGAAGUCAUAGGAAGAGGACAUUUUGGUUGUGUAUAUCAUGGGACUUUGUUGGACAGUGAUAGCAAGAAAAUCCACUGUGCUGUGAAAUCCUUGAAUAGAAUCACUGACAUAGGAGAAGUUUCCCAGUUUCUGACCGAGGGAAUCAUUAUGAAAGACUUCAGCCAUUCCAAUGUUCUCUCUCUCUUGGGCAUCUGCCUUCGGAGUGAAGGGUCUCCACUGGUGGUCCUUCCAUACAUGAAGCAUGGAGACCUUCGCAAUUUCAUUCGAAAUGAGACUCAUAACCCGACUGUAAAAGAUCUUAUAGGCUUUGGUCUUCAAGUAGCCAAGGGCAUGAAAUAUCUUGCAAGCAAAAAGUUUGUCCACAGAGACUUGGCUGCAAGAAACUGUAUGUUGGAUGAAAAAUUCACUGUCAAGGUUGCUGACUUUGGUCUUGCCAGAGACAUGUAUGAUAAAGAAUACUACAGUGUACACAACAAAACAGGUGCAAAGCUGCCAGUGAAGUGGAUGGCUUUAGAAAGUCUACAAACUCAGAAGUUUACCACCAAAUCAGAUGUGUGGUCCUUUGGUGUGCUUCUGUGGGAGCUGAUGACAAGAGGAGCCCCCCCUUAUCCUGAUGUGAACACUUUUGAUAUCACAGUUUACUUGUUGCAAGGCAGAAGGCUCUUACAACCAGAAUACUGCCCAGAUCCCUUGUACGAAGUGAUGCUAAAAUGCUGGCACCCCAAAGCUGAAAUGCGCCCAUCCUUUUCUGAGCUCGUCUCCAGGAUAUCAGCCAUCUUUUCCACUUUCAUUGGGGAGCACUACGUCCAUGUAAAUGCUACUUACGUCAAUGUAAAAUGUGUUGCUCCGUAUCCUUCUCUGUUGUCCUCACAAGAAAACAUUGAUGGUAACAUGGACACGUGAUGAUGGGAACCCCACCUGUCCUUUCUGAGAAACAUCGUAGUACUAGCCCAAACAACAAUCCACCUUUCUACAAAAGUUUUCUCUGCCUGGCUUCCAAAAGGCCAUUAGAUACCUUUUGGUUGUCAAAAUUACACCAGUACUGGACUUUGUACUGUUAUUUAAAUUGCUGGAUUCUAAGGAAUUUGUCCUCUGACAAAACAUGAGAACCAGAGGCUUGUUUCCACAGGCCAGUGACCAUGGACAACCCUGCAGCCAUGACAACACUCCUGUAACAUUGGAGUCCAAAACCAGAAUUCUGGGUUGAAAGUUUUAAAAAUCAGAGUCCCGCUUGACUUCAUAUGAGGAACUGAUGCAGUGAAUUUUGACGGCUCCUUAAUCACAGAAAAUUCCAAAGAGAUGGUCUUGUCCAGGACAGGCAUGGCAGCCCCAGGCCCAGGCCACUCAUUCAGAAUUUCAGUGUUUUCAGAGAGCUUUUAUGUGCUAUGUUGGUCACAAACAUUUUUCAUUACUGAUGUCGUCAUUUGCCCAUAGGCAAACAUUCCCUUUUAAAUUGUCAUAUACACAUUCCUUUGGUUGGAAAGUAUCCAUAGGUGAUGCAGUCAAGUUUCAAAAUAGCAUGCACACAAGAUGUGUUUACAAAUUAACCGGGAUAUUUAUAUGUUGUAGGUAGAGGAUGUUAAGAAAUUUUCAUAAAAUAGCUUAGUAACAAUGAAAUAUUUAGUUGUCAUUGAAAAACCAACUGUUUGAGAAUGAUACUGUUCUGAUGUUAUGAAUGUGGACAUUUAGAAAUUUUAUCUGUAUUUUUAUGAUAGUUCUGAAGAUAGACAAGUAAUUUGUGAUGACAAAUUUUUUAAAGAUAAGUCGGUAUGUUUUUAAAGCAGAAUACAAUUGACUAAGAAGUUCAUUGGUUCCAAUCAUGGCUAGUAUGUAGAACAAAGAGAUUAAUGGACUGGAAAUAUUAACCUCUUUCUCAGGUGACAGCUUCCCACUUCACAAACUAUUGGGAAAAAGGACUUCUGGGGAGUCCAGUUUCACGUUAUGACUUGUUUUCUGUUCAGCAAAAUACAUUCUAGAAACCAGUAAAAAAAUAAACAAGGCAAUUGAAAAUCCUGGCUAUUUCACUUGGAUGAAUAGUUAUUGUGGGCAGGACUUUUGUGAUGUUUUGUGCUAUAGAAUUUGUGCUGACUACUGUAUAGUGCAUUGGCAUAGGUUACUCUAGCUGGUUUUGUCGAUGUGAACAUUGAAAGUAUUAUAUUUUUAUAAAAAUGUUUAUUUUUAAUGAUACACGAAAAAUUUUGUUAGGCCACAAAAAUACUGCACUGUGAACAUUUCAGAAAAGGUAUGUCAGACUCGGAUUCAUAACAGCAUGAUUGUAAAUGGCUGUAAAUAGUGAUAAGGAAGCAUACUGAUUGCCAGUACACCCCACCCUCAUUACAUCAGCAGGACUUGAAGCCAAAGGUUCAUAGAGCAAGCUACAACAAGGGUGUGUUACACUGAAACCCAAUAGUUGAGUUUGGCUGCAGUUUCAGGAAAAUAAUUGCAACUGAAAGCCCUUUGACAAUGGUAAGACUUGCCAGAAGACAAGAGGAAUUGUGCUAUGAAGAUACUUUGAUUCAGACAGUACUACUUCAUUAAUGUGAAGAGUAAUAGUAAUUCACAAAGUACUGUAAGUGAUGAAUGACCAAAAACAAUCUGCUGUGCAGAGAGGUAACACUCUGUAUAAGGUCAAGACAAUGAAUGUUAGCAAGACAAAGAGCUUGUGGAAACAACCCACCAACAGGACUGCACACCUGUAUAUACAUGCUUGAGAAAGCUGCAAUGUGAAAAUCGUGUUUGCUAUUUAUGAAAUUGUCCUUAGGUUAAUGUGCCUGAAAACAUUGUGGGAAUAAGUGAUUCUUCUGAAAAUUAGAUACUUGUCACUGCCUAUACUUGCAGUUCAGCUGAAUGGUACUUUGUAUGUUCAUAGUUGUUGUUCUGAUAAAUCAUACAGUUAAAAUAAAGUGAUGUAACAUCUUGUAUAC